CUAAGAGUACUCCUAAAGUUAAGAGUACUCAAGAGGGCUUUUAGCUACCUAAGAAUUUUCUUAAGUAUCCAAUAUGGCGGCAGCUGGGGCACCCCAGCCGCAUCAGCUGAGAACUUUCAGGCCAAGGAAAAACAUUUUCAGUGUGUAUUCAGACACGGAACUUAUCCAGCGGUUUCGUCUUGACUGUGCAGGUAUAUUAUUUGUCACAAAUUUAAUCAGGGAUAGGCUUACCUCCCCUACACAAAGAAACAAUGCUAUCACCCCGGAGAUGAAAAUAGCUGUCAUGCUGCGUUAUCUUGCAACUGGGAAAAUGCAACUGUGUAACGCCGAUGAUCUUGGGUUAAGUCAGCCAUCCAUAAGCCGUAUUGUCAGUGAAACAAUUGAUGCAUUGUCAACACCGGCUAUUGUCCGACAAUUUGUCAAAUUACCUGUACAACGAACAGACAUCCAACGUAAUCAAGCAGCGUUCAUGGCAAUUGCUGGCUUUCCUGGCGUAUUUGGUGUAAUUGACGGCACCCAUGUCCGCAUAAUUGCCCCGAGUGUCGAUGAGCCGGAGUACGUUUGUAGGAAACAUUUCCACAGCAUUAAUGUGCAAAUAGUAUUUGAUGCUCACUACAACAUACUUGACAUCGUUGCCAAGUGGCCAGGAUCUACGCACGAUGCAAGAAUUUUAAAUGAGAGCGGUGUCCGAACCGCAUUCGAACAACAUUUCGUCCCUCAAGGCUGCCAUUUGCUCGGAGACAGCGGCUAUCCGUCUCGAAGAUGGCUGUUAACACCUUACCUUAGACCCCAACCCGGUCCACAAACUAGAUACAACAGAGCUCACAAACGCACCAGGUGUGUGGUCGAAAGGGGUAUAGGACAACUGAAAAGAAGGUUUCAUGUCCUACACAGCGAGGUCAGACUCAACCCAGUGAAGGUUUGCAAGGUGGUAAUUGUGUGUGCCAUCUUACACAAUAUAUGCAAACAGAGGAACAUCCUUUUGCCAGGUGGUGCUGGUGAUGAUGACAGAAACAGUGAUGAUGAUGAUGAUGAUGAUGAUGAUAAUAACAAUCCUCCCAACCACUUGCCACAGGCUAUGGGAGAUGGUCGUUUGUUCAGGGAGAACUUCGCUAACAUUCACUUUCAAACAGGUUAGAGUUGGAGGCAUGUUAUAGGAGGCAUGUUUAGCAGAGUUCAUGAACAUCGCACGUUUUUCAGGCUCCUGACACCAUAUGUGCGACCUCAACUCUCUAUGUCACUCUACAACAGGGGCCAGCUGAGGCUGAAGUACAGGUUGCUUGAGGUCUGGCCUGAACUCCAUGUGGCAAGGCGCCACAAACUUCAGAUUCCAAGCCAAGUAUGGCUGCUUCCUGACAACUGAAAAGAAAAUGUUUUAC